GUGCUGAGGGACACGCCGAGCGGACACGGGCGCUCGCGAGCACGUUGCUGGUGGGCGCGGCUGGCUGGGCCCGGAGUCGGGGAGAGAGUCAGCCUGAGCCCCGCAGGUUCCGGCUCCCUGACCCACGCUGCCCUCGGUCACUCUCCUGAGUGACACCGCCGUGGCAUCUGAGGAGCUGUCGUCCGUCCUGGGCGGCUGGAAGCGGUGGCUGCCUCCACGUUUUAAGAGUGAUCUGAAAGUUAGACUUAUGGGAACUUCAACUUCUGGAAAACUGCCCUGUAAAGGAAUCUCUGUAGAAGCUGAAAUCCAUCGGUCACCAUUCUUCAAAAUGCAAUGGAAUGUAUCAAGGACUGUACUCCAGGUGGCACAUAGGACAUGCACGGAACCACAUAAAGCCGGUCUUUUUGGACACUGUCAAAACAUAAAGGGACCAUUACUUUUGUAUAAAACUGAAUCCAGAGUAGUUUUGGUACAGGGCCCUCAAACACAAUGGCUGCACUUACCUGCUGCCCAGUGUGUUGCAAAGGAAAGGAAGCCAUUUGAUGCUCAUCCACCUCAACCGGGGAUCCUGCACCAUAAACAGUGGGAACAAGAUAUUUUAUCCAAGAGGGUUAUAUCAUCCAAUGCCACAUCCCCCAAAAAGGAAGAACCUGAUCCUUUACAAGACAAAUCUAUUAGUCUUUACCAACGAUUUAAGAAAACAUUUAGACAAUAUGGAAAAGUUUUGAUUCCAGUGCACCUAAUAACUUCUUGUGUUUGGUUUGGAACAUUUUAUUAUGCAGCCAUAAAGGGAGUGAAUGUCGUUCCUUUUCUAGAACUUAUUGGGUUACCUGACAGCAUAGUAAACAUUCUGAAAAAUUCUCAGAGUGGAAAUGCACUAACAGCAUAUGCCUUGUUUAAGAUCGCAACCCCUGCCCGGUAUACGGUGACUUUGGGAGGAACCUCCUUCACUGUGAAGUAUUUGCGCAGUCGUGGCUACAUGUCGACACCGCCUCCUGUUAAGGACUAUCUACAGGACAGGAUGGAAGAGACAAAGGAGCUUCUCACAGAGAAAAUGGAAGAAACGAAGGAUAGACUCACUGAAAAAUUACAAGAAACCAAAGAAAAAGUUUCUUUUAAGAAAAAAGUGGAAUAGGGUGCCUUGUAUAACAGGUUAUAGACAGUUCCUGCACUCUAACCCUUCGGAGACUGUGGACAAAGAUACAUGGCUCCUGAUUAUUUUUUGGUUAGUUGCCUAAAUAUACCAGUUCUCUGAGGGUUAAAGAACUAAGAUACCUUUUUAACAUUAAAUAUCACUAGAAAAAUCAGUGUUUUUUGAAAAGAAAAAAUGAACCCAGUAUGAGAAUUUCACAUCAAUAGCAGCAUUAGGCAGUAGUUAUGCUUUACGAGUCAGCGCUCUUACUCAGGGUCGGCAGAAGCAGAAUCGUACUGUGCUUUGUUGCAGCUCUAAUUUAUGCAGAUGAGGCCGUUGACACCUUGAGUAACUGAGGUGGCCCUCAGGAGGGUCUUCAUCUUUACGGUAUUCACUGAGGUUUUAACUAUAUUCAGUUCUCACUGUGCAGACAAACUGACCAUCAAAACUACCUGUGAAUAAGAGGAUAUUUAAGUCUUACGAGAAAAACAAUUACGUACCAGUUAAAAUAGAGACUUUAUAUGAAGAAAGCUGAAAAAAGUGUAAACAAGAUGUAUUGGUUAUAUGUAAAUGAAAAAAUUGACCCUUUAAAAAUGAUUUUUACCUGAAGCUUGUCAUAAUCAAGAUUUUUAAAGCAAAUAUAUAUGGCUAUAGUACCUUUUCACUUAGAAUAUAAAACUCUACUGUGAAUCAUUUAUGGCCUCUUCAACUAAUCUUUCAGAGGAAAAGUGAAAAUCAUUAUACCUUAAAUUUGUUGUUGAAGUCAGACAUUCUUGAGCAGUGACUCAGGCUUGUGGUUCUCAAGCAGACCCAGGUUUGGGAGGAUGGAAAAUGGCAUCAGGCUGUCAGGGAGCUGAUUCCCAAGGUCUUCCUUCCACAGUUAAUGUUGAUUUCCUUGUGGAGUAAAUUUUUAAAUUGUAGCUGCUGCUUUUUCCCUUAUAUUGAAACAUCCUUGCUUGAGUGUUUUACUUGAACUUUUUCUAUAGCAAAGCUAUCUUAAAUUAUCUGCUUGCCAUGAAAUUCAGCCACUGUUGGGUACGAAAGUUGCCGUGAUUGUGUGGGUGUGUUAAGGAUGUGUGUGCCUUGUUUCCUUUGGCUCUAAUUGCUUUGACUUCAAUUCUAACCCUGAAUAGGUGUUCAGAAGAGACAAUGGACUCUUUCUAGGUUGUCGUUCUUGCGAGUGAUCUGAUAAAGCAGGAGAAUGUCAGAGGGUCUGCCAGCAACAGUUCUGCAGGACUUUUCUAUUGAAUACUUAGUUUGGUCAAAUUUAGAGACUACUUUAAAGGGAAAAAAUGUUUACGAUUGCUACGUCUGCUACACGUCUAGUCAUUACAUUGUAACACUGUGGGUAGAAUCUUGUCUUUUUGGAUGUGGGGCAGAGCAGGGAGGUGACAGCUGCUGCUGUGCCACAUGCAGUCUUUAUCGGGCAGAAUGGUUUGUCUCCUGAUACAGAGUUGAAAUCACAGUGUGAUUUCAAGUUGACAGCACAUUCUCAAAUCUAAAACAUCUUACAUGUUUUAGCUUAUUAAAUAAUUCACAUUUUUGCAGAUAUUAAAUGCCAAGAUAUUAAUAAAUUUCUUGUUAAUUUCUUUUUUUUUGACCAACUUGAGAGUAUGCCUGUGUUGUAAAAUCUUGUGUUAUGUGGAACUCUUUCUUCUAAAACAGUUUCCUUUUACUUUUCAUAUUGCACAGAGCAUAUUUUCCAAUGGGGAUAAAUUGUGAGUUCUUAGAAGUACUAAUAAUCCUGAGACUAAGAUUUGCUUUUCCUGAGUAUCUGCCGUUUGUUCAGUCCCUUUGAGUUUUGUUGCCAUUCAGUUUCAUAAUUGUGUUGUGUUACCAGUUAUGGAAAGUGAGAUGCUGAUGAGUGCUUUGAAAUUCUCUAGUAAAAAAUUCUCUGAAGAUGUGA